AUGGAUUUAGCAGAUUUACAAAGUGUAAAAAGCUUUGCUAAUAAAUUUAUCAAUGAAAUUGGAGAAUUGCAUAUAUUAUUUAAUAAUGCAGGAAUAAUGAUUAAUAAUCAAGUCAUUAAAACGAAGGAUAACUUGGAAAUACAAUUUCAGGUCAACCAUCUAGCACCAUUGUUACUUACUUUAUUGUUAUUGGAUACAAUAAAAAAAUCGGUUUCCGCUGAAUUACCUGGAAAAAUUGCAUUUACAAGUUCGGGAACUCAAAGAUAUGGAAAAAUUGAUUUUGAUAAUUUAAAUCUUGAGAAAGAUAUUACGACGUUUUUGCUUCAACCUGGUAUAAUUCAAACAAAUUUAGGCCAUAUGAAUAGCGGCUUGUCAAAUUUUCUCCAAAAUUUAUUUGUAAAAAUGUAUGAAAUACCAGCUGAACAAGGUGCCAUCAAUGUUCUAUAUCCCGUGCUUUCUCCCGAAAAUAAAGAAACUGGAAAAUAUUAUCAUGAAGGUCUUGAAAAGGAACCAAAUGAAAUUGUAGAAGUUAUGAAGAGACUAUGGAACGUUUCUGAACAAAUAUUAAAGAUCAUGAAAUGA